AUGCCAGAAAUCGUACUACGAGGUCCUUUAAUAAAAACCUUGCGUUUGUUGUACCUAUUAGGAAUACCUAUUGGCAUGUCGCCAUAUGAGAUAAAUAAAAAAGGAGAAUUCAGUUUUUCCAAAAAAUCUGUGUUCCUGGUAUCUUUAGCCAUGGUUUUGACUAUUAAUUUUGUGAUCCAGGAACGAUUUAAGGAUGUUAAUCAGUUUUUGGGAGGUUCGAGGGAACUAAAAACCAAGGUGAGCUUAGUUCUGGACAAGAAAAUCGAGGAACAACUGCAGGCAAUACGUCUAAGCUGCCAACUGCAUACGAAACUCUGCAAGAUUUCCAGACAAUUAAAUUCGGCUUAUAACAUACAAAUCAUUUUGUAUGUAGCCCUAACAUUCGUAGUAGUAGUGACCCAACUCUACUACGUGGCCCUAGGGUUCAUGGACCCUGUAAACGAGUAUCGAAGUACAUCCCAAAUUAUAAUGUCUGUGAAUUGGGCCAAUUACCAUUUAAUUGGUGUCAUAGCAUUGGCCGUAAGCUGUCAUAGGGCCAGCAAAGAGGCCGCCAGGACCGGAGUGCUUUUGCAUAGGAUGAGGAACCGACAUCAGAGCCGGGUUAAAGAAGUUAUUGAAAUGUGGUCUUUGCAAUUACUUCAUCAAAAACUCGGUUACACAGCCGGAGGACUUUUUAGUAUCGACAUGACUUUAGUUUAUUCGAUUAUUGGUUCAAUGACGACAUAUCUAGUAAUUUUGAUCCAAUUCAACAUGUUGGGUGCCCAAAGAUAA